CACACACCCCGUCUGGUUUUAUAUAAACCCCCCUCUCUCUCUCUCUCCCCGGCUGUCUUUUUUUCUUUCCUUUUUUUUGUUGAGUCCCGAGGUGAAGAUGGAUACCCGGCUAUCUUUCCCCAGGUGCCCGCUGCUGGUGCUGCUCUGUGCGGUCUGUGCACUGUUGGGGAUCCGGAGCCCCGGAGCUGCUGCGGGGAGGAGCUGCGCCGACACCCGGCAGGUGUACGCAGAGAAGGGGUACAGCACUGGCACCGCUCCGCUGACUCAAAUCUCCGGUGAGCACCUGCGACUCUGUCCUCAGGACUACACCUGCUGCUCCAGUCAGAUGGAGGAGACGCUGGCCCUCCAGAGUGAGAGGGACUUCCUCAAAGCCGUCGAGGAGAACAGCCAGUUCCUUUUGACUACCUUCACGCAGAGACACCGCAGGUUUGAUGAGUUCUUCAGAGAGCUUAUAGACUUGUCAGAGAAGUCUAUGAACCAGAUGUUUACCAAGACCUACGGCCGGCUCUUCACCCAGAAUGCACACGUCUUCCAGGAGCUGUUUGUGGAGCUGCGCAGAUAUUAUUCUGGGGGCAGUGUCAGUCUGUCAGAGGUCCUCUCAGACUUCUGGUCCAGACUGGUGGAGCGAGUCUUCUCUCUGGUUAACCCUCAGUAUCAGUUUGGGGAGGACUACCUGGAGUGUGUCAGCAAACACGCCGAACAGCUGCAGCCCUUUGGGGAUGUGCCCCGCAGACUGCGCGUACAAGUGUCGAGAGCUUUCAUCGCAGCCAGAGCUCUAUCUCAAGGCUUGGCUACUGGUCGGGAUAUUGUUAACAAAGCAACAAAGUUGACUGCAGAUUCAGAGUGUGUGCGUGGCCUGAUGCGUCAGUGGUACUGCCCACUGUGUCGAGGCAUGCCCACCCUGAGGCCCUGCCACUCCCUGUGCCUCAACGUGAUGAAGGGCUGUUUAGCCAAUCAGGGCGACCUGGACACAGAAUGGAACAAUUUCAUUGAUGCUCUGUACCAGGUUUCAGAGAAGUUGGAGGGGCCAUUCAACAUGGAGCUUGCAGCCGACUCCAUCUCUGUGAAAGUGUCGGAGGCCAUCAUGCACAUGCAGGAAAACAGUGUCAGCAUCUCCACUAAGGUGUUCCAGGGUUGUGGAAGCCCCAGGCCAGCACCAGGACGGUCUAAACGUUCACCCAAAGAGUCAGGGGGCAGCAGGAGGCCUUUCCGCACCUACAGCCCCGAGGAGAAACCUACCACUGCUGCAGGCACCAACCUGGACCGACUGGUUACCGAGCUGAAGGAGCGACUGCGGCCCAUGCGUGGCUUCUGGGUGUCCCUCCCACACACCAUCUGCAAUGAUGAGAAGAUGGCCUCCGACGUCACUAAUGAGGACCGCUGCUGGAACGGGCAGACCCGGGGGAGGUACCUCCCAGAUGUUACAGGCGACGGGCUGGUCAGCCAGAUCAACAACCCCGAGGUGGAAGUGGACAUUGCAAGGCCAGAUGUGAGGACCAGACAGCUGAUCAUGGAGCUGAGGGUGGUGACAAACAAACUGAGACACGCUCAGAGCGGACAGGACAUGGACUUCAUGGACAGUGAGGAGGGCAGUGGCUCAGGAGGUGGAGAUCAGGGCGAAAGGUACAAUGAUGAUUGGCCCGGCUAUGGGCCUCAUUCCCCGCCCUACAGCAAACCCCCUCGCAACCCUGCUUCCGAACCUGCAAAGCCGCCUCGAGUCCGAGAAAGAAAUGGGUCCAAGUGGAACAGAAACAACGGUCACGGACGGGACAGAUCUGCAACCGGCCAGCUCUCUUUCUCCCUUUUUCCUUUGUUGUCAUUGCCUUUCAUGGUCACUGUUGCCCCCAUGUGGAGAUAGCUGGUUAUUACAGCGUGGAGGUGGAUGAGGUUUCCUAUAAAGCUGGAGUCUCAAAAAGUCAUUCCAUUUGGUUACACCAGCAGAUAAAAGACAAAACCAGGCCAAAUUAGCAAUAAUUCAAAAUUGGUCUACAGCACAAAAUAAAUAGGCUAACGUGAAUAGUUUUCCCUACUGCCCAAGUCACAUAAGAGGUAUUCCCAGGCACUGAGAAUUACAAAUACUACUUAAUAAGUUUCGCCAUUUUUUUUUGCAGUUUGUUUAACCUAUUGUAGUCUUGAUGCUGCAAUGUGUGCUGUGCUGGAGCAUCGUCUUUGGGGGUGAAGGAGAAAGAAAAAGUACUACAGCAAAUUAAUAAGCAAAAUGUUUGGCUUAUGAAUCUCAUGGUCUUGUGAUUUGGUGGUCUGUAGGUGAGCAGCUGAUUUGAUCCGAGUGAGUUUUUUUUUUUUUUUUUUUUUACAGCCUUUCUCGUGAAAUGAAGUCAAUUAAUUGAACUGAUCUUGAUUUCAGUCAAGAUGUGGUUGAUUUUUCAUGUUGUGGAAGUAGUAAGAUUUAAUUAACUUUCUUAAUUAAGAGAUAAAAAGUAAAUAGUGCGACUUUUGAAACCAAACAAGGGGCUUAUUUUGAAUGUACCUAAUUUGCAGUUACAA